AUCACAAGUGACGAUAUGACGAGUCUCUGUAGUGACAUGAAGUGCUGCUGUGGGAGAAGCAAGCAGAAUGUGUCGUUUAGUGUAAGAUCAAAGCUUUUAACGUAAAGAUGAACAGGAUAUUUGCGUUUGUGCUGUUCAUGUGGAUUUUGUGUGUUUGUUCAUCAAGUCAUGGUCCUCGAGUUAAGACUGAUCAAGGUAUUACACACUAUACUACUAAACACAGUCAAAGUGGUUUGAGAAAACUGGUCAGAAGCACCUCAAGUGGAAUAAUUUGGGUUGGAGAUGAUGAGAAUCUCUUUCCUGUUACCUCAACACGAGACAUACAGGUGAAUGUUGCUCAGUUUAAGGAUGAAUGUAAAGAAAAUGAAAAGUGUGAGUCUGAGUACAAAAUCUCUCUGCUCAGUGAUGGAGUCGAUGGAAAUCUGUUCUUCUGUGGAACUAAUGAUGAAAAAACUAAGUGCUAUAACAUGAACUUAGACUAUUCUUUAGUUGACGGCUUCGAAUUCACUUACGAAUUAAAUAUGAAUGAUCCUUCAUUACUCAUCGGUGAUAUGUUGUACUGCAAGUCUAGUUUGGGACUGUACCAGAUAAACCGAAAAACAGGUGCCAAGAUCUGGCCUUAUUCUCCUGUAGCAGAACAGAAGUAUGUGAAGCUGGUUGCUGGUAAUGGUCAAGACAAGGACAAGGUUUAUUCAUUCUUCACAGAGAAACACAGAAGUGACAAUGGAGGCUCUGAAUUCGAUACCUGGAUCCCACGAGUCUCACAGAUCUGUAUGAAUGAUAAAGGAGGAUCAAAAGAUGUCCUUCAGUUCAGUUGGACAUCUAUGAUCUACACCCGUCUGUCCUGUGGAGCUCCGGAGUUGUCCUUCACCCAGCUUAUAGACGUGGCCACUGUUGACAAUGACACCAAGAUUUAUGCCCUCUUCAGAAACAUCUGGAACAUGAGUGCCGUGUGUGUAUAUAAGAUGACUGAAAUCAGCAGAAUCUUCAGUUCCUCUAAAUUUAUGGAGAUCAAAAACAUGAAACUUCCUGUGAACCAUCGGCCUGGACAGUGUGUUGAUGACAGCACUCGUCUAAGUCCUGAUAUAUUGAGGUUUAUGAAAGAGCGUCCAGAAGUGAAAGAUUCGGUGAUGCCGGAGAACAAACCCCUGCUGUUUAAACACCAUCAUUACACACACAUCCAGGUGCAGAGACUAGAGAACAGAACAGUACUGUUUCUGGCUUUAGAAAGUGGAGGGAUCCAUAAAGUCUUAGAAAAUUACACAGAUGAUCCAGUAUUCAUCAUCGCAGAGUUUCGGCCGUUUUCACACAGGACUCACAUCAGCAGUAUGCUGUUAGACGAAUCUGAGAAGCGUCUGUACGUGAGUUUUGGUACGGAGGUGAUUCACAUCGACCUGCAGAGGUGUGACCUGUAUGGAGAUCAGUGUGAGCAAUGUCUUUUAUCCAGAGACCCCUAUUGUGGUUGGAGCGAUUCACGUUGUACCCACGUCUCAGAAAAUUCAAUCCUGGACAUGCAGUUUUGCAAUUCAACUAAAGUCGAUUAUUCCAGAACAGAAAUAGCUACCACAGCGCCGGUGAUCAUCCCGCCCUCCUCUAGAUAUUAUCUGCACUGCCCAAUAAUAUCAAAUCACGCCUCAUACCACUGGUACCGCGGUAAUACCCAGGAGGAGUGUGUACGGGCCGAUCGGGACUGUCUCUAUCUCAUUGAAAGUAUGAAUAAAACUCAUGAAGGUUCAUACAGGUGUGUAUCUUCAGAAAAUAAUUAUCACAUAAACAUCAACAGAUAUGAACUGAGUAUGAGCUCAUCACCAGCACUUACCAUCAACACAAUAGUUUUACCAUGUUUAUUACUUCUGUUGUUUACUCGCCUGUUAUUAUAGAUGAACACAUUCACUUGAUAGAGGCUCAAUUGUUGAGUCUGUUGUUUAAUUAUUCAUGUCUAUAAUUUAUGAAUAAUCGGUUUAUAAGAGGCGCCUCAUACACCCUUUUUAAAGUAUGCAAGAGGUGACUUACAGUUCAUUCAGUCAUAUGAACUUCUGUUGUGUUUAUAAGAUGAUUAUUUAUAAUUGAAUGAUUCAUUUAAAUGGAUGUUGAAAGAUGAGGAGUGUUUAGCUGUUCUGGUAUUUAUUUAUCGUCAGUGUUUCUGUUGUUUUCCAAAUGUUGAGUUCAUCAGCAGCAUGUAGCAUUUAACGUUGAUAUUGCAUAUGGGUUGCGAUGCAGUAUAUGCUGCUUAUUUUUCAUUAAACUCAGGGAGAAUGCACAUUAAUAUUAUAUAGAUACAUAUUCAUCAUAGGCACAUUUUCAUCCGUAGUCACCUAUGACUCUGAUUAGGGACAUUUAGUGUUACUAGUGUUACUCUUUUCUUUAGACUAAAAUUAUUAUUAUUUUUCUACAAAAUUUCAGACGUUAUUCUCAGACUGUGAAACAUUUCGUAAUGCAAAUGAAUGUAAACCGUAGAGGAAUGUGCUGAGGGAUUGCAGGACUAAUGUGUGCGAGUGAUAAAUGUGCAAUAAGAUCUUCUAACAUGUGAUAUUAUAAAAGAAUAUUUUUCCUAUAAUUGUUUUUAUACACAGAGUAUUUUUGUACUGUGCACUUACUGUUUUGUAAACUGUUUAAUUAUAUGAUCGCUGGGAGAUGUGAUGUCACACAAGUAGGAGUAACCGUGUACAUUCUUGUCUCUGUCUUUCCCUCUAUGUUGCUUUAAAUAUUUUUUUUUUGUGCAAAUUAUUUGUUUAAAGAUUUUCUUCAAACUUUUUUUGUGUUUUUUAUUUAAGUUUUGUUGGUUAUUGAAGUUCAGAAUCUGUCACUUAGAAUAUCUGAAUGAGUCCUUCUGCUCAUUCUGACCACAGGAAAACCAUCUGCACAACGUUAAGUAACCUCAGCAAGCUGAAAACAGCAUUUUACAACCCCUGUUUCCUUUUUGUUCGAAAUGCUGGAUGUUUUUUUUUUCUGUGGUUGCACCAUUAUGCAAGUCAUAUCAUAAACCAGUCGAAAAAGUUGA